AUGUCCAUAAAUUUAAUGAAAAACCUUUGGUGUGCAGUUGUCCUUUACUUUACGCUUGUCCAAGUCGUUAUCGGUCAAACUAAUUAUUGUAUUAAAGAAGUCGAUUAUUGUUUUACAAUUACGCUGACACCAAUAACCACACCCAAACAUGACCAACUUGCAACUUUCCGAAUUGGCGAUGGUAUGAAAGGUUAUUUGAUGGUCGCUUGGGUUGACCCAUUAGGUCAAAUAAAUCUCUCACAACGUCGAGGAGAUAUUGGAAUUCAACCAUGGAUAACGGACCGACAAAAUGAUCUUAAACUUCUCAAUACCAGUGGUAUUAAUGAAAAUAAUAGAUUAAUAGUUGAAUUUACUCGUCCUAUUAAGGUUAAACACAGCAAUAUUAAACGACAUAAACAAAAGUUUGGAUAUGCUUAUUGUUCGAUAAAUCCGGGAAGCUCUCAAGUUGAUGCUUAUUUAAGCCGUCACGAUCACAAAGGCAAUAUAAUCUUGAAGUUGGAUGGAACUGGAAAAGGCGAAGUUGUAUGGUCCCGAUAUGAUAAGAUGAUGAUCGCCCAUGGUUCUUUGAUGUUCCUCGCCUGGAUUGUUAUUAUUCCCGGUGCAAUUUUCAUUGCACGAUUUGCAAGAGAUGCUCUUCGAACGACAUGGUUCAAAUUACAUGUUGGUAUUCAAAUCUUUCUCUCCUUCCCUAUUAUCGUGACUGGUAGCGUGUUAGCUUACGUUGCUGCUGGAAAACUUGAAUUUAACGAUCCUCACAAGGUCAUUGGAUUCGUGCUUCUCCUUGGAAUUGUUAUACAAUUAGCAAUUGGUGCAAUUCAUCAUAAAUUGUUCGAUCCAAAUCGCUCUUACACUCCAUGGUGGACUCAACUUCAUUGGUGGUUCGGAAGAGCUUUAGUUUCAUUGGCAAUUAUUCAAGUUCCAUUUGGACUUAAACUCUAUGGAGCGAAAAAGAUCUAUCUCUAUAUAUAUUUUGGUUAUUUGUUCAUCCUUAUGGUUGCAUUUUCUUUCUUAUCUUUCCGAUUAUGGAAUAAAACUCGCGGUCAAGAUAAUGGGUUUAAACGUGUACAAGAAGGAAGUGAUGAAAAAUUAACCUUGUAA